UUAUUUUGGGAAAAUACGGUUGUUUUUUCCAUACAUCAUUUGUAGAAACCGAUCAUGGUCAAAAUCGCCAACCAUCUCGAGUUGUCAAACCCAAAAUACACCCAAUUGUUCAUAUUUAGGCAUUGGGUAAAUGUUAUAAAUAGAGGUUGAAAGAAAGGGGGAGGAAUCCAAUCAGCCAUUGGGUUUGUUGUUGUUUGGGUUUUGGGUUUGUGACAAAUUUGCUUCAAGAAAUGGGAGAUUGCAGGCCAUUAGGGUUCUUAUUGGGGUUGCCUUUUGCCCUUGUUGCUUUGGUUCUCUCCCUUCUUGGUGCUAUUGUCUGGCUUUUGGGGUCUCUAUUGACUUGUGUGUGCCCAUGCUGCUGCUGUUGUGCCGGUGUUGCGAAUGUGGCUAUGGAGCUGAUGACGCUUCCCCUCAAGAUCAUCACAUGGUUCACCGAUCAGAUCCCUUGUUAAAUGCUAAUUUCGCUACGCAAUGUUCGAACUUAUUACCGGAAAAGAAAAUCAUGCAUCAAUUUAGGCGAACGGAUGGAAAAUCAAAAUCAAUCCUGCGUACGAAAAUCCCCAGUUUCCAUUUGUUGUUUAUGUAGGGUGGCUCUAUCAAUUUCAUUUAUUUGUUUGUAACUAAAAUGCCGGCCAUCACCGGACAUGGCAUAGGGUUGUUGAAUGGGUAUAGGGACAAGCAGCUA